AUGAGUACUGAAAUCAGAGCCGACAUAAUCAUAGUCGGGGCCGGAUUCAGUGGGUGUUAUGCCCUCCACAAGCUGCGACAGAUGGGAUACACGGUGAAGAUUCUCGAGGCUUCUACAGGCUUUGGCGGGGUCUGGAGAAUCAAUCGCUACCCAGGAGCGAGAGUUGACACCGAAACACCAACGUAUCAAUUGUGUCUGCCAGAAGUCUGGCAAGGCUUCAACUUCUCAGAGCGAUAUCCCGACCAUGUUGAGCUGCGAAGAUACUUUGACCACAUGGACAAGGUGCUUGAUCUUCAGAAAGACACCUAUUUCAACGCUAGAGUUGAGGAAGUUAGAUACGACCCAGAGAAUAAUACGUGGACCUUCAGGGCCAAAGGAUUGAAUGCCAUAUCCACUUACGCAGUCUUUGCAGUGGGAGCGUCUUGUGACUCAUACAUUCCGGACUGGCCGGGAAAGUCCAGUUUCAAAGGUCAGUUGAUCCAUCCGGCCUCCUGGCCCGAAGACUUUGACCCGCAAGGCAAGAAGAUUGGUGUUAUUGGACAAGGAGCAUCUGGACUGCAAAUUGUACAGGAAUUGGCCAAGGAGAGCUGUGAACUUUCAGUCUUCAUCCGUAUCCCUUGCACAGGGUUCCCUAUGAACCAGAAGGCUAUAUCCAUCGAUGAGUCGAAUAAUCUGAAAAGCUACUAUGAUGCGAUUCUUGGGUGUGCAAAACACAAUACAGAGACGAGAUACCCUUACAAUCGGAAUCAAUGCAAUUGGGCAGACGCGACUGAGGAAGAGCGACAACGCCUUUACGAAUGGCUCUGGCAGCGAGGCGGAUUUGUCUUCAUGACUAAUAAUUACCGCGAUUUUAUGACGAACAAGGCCGCAAAUGCCAAAUCUGUGGACCGAGCCAAUGUCACCUUGGUUGAUCUUAAGGAGAUGCCUAUCCAAGAGUUCACCGCCGAUGGCGUUGUUACGGGAAACAAAGAUACUAGUAAGCUCUGGGAAUUAGAUGUGAUAGUUGUAGCAACGGGUUACGACAAUCUUACGGGUAGCCUUUUCAAGAUGAACAUCCAUAGCAAAGACGGCGUUAAACUUCAAGACAAAUGGGAGAAUGGAAUCAGCACGUAUCUAGGCAUGACGGUGCCCGGGUUCCCAAAUGCAUUCUUCCUGUAUGCACCACAGGCACCGAGUUCGAUUGUUAAUGGACCGCCCUUUAUCGAAUUACAAGUGGACUGGCUGACACGACUCCUUGAAAAGCUUCGCAAUGAAAACAUCAAGUCGAUUGAAGCGUCUGAGAAAGCUGCAGAGGUUUGGAAGAAGCUUGUCUGGAGCACGUUCCGAAUGACACUGUCCGCCGAGACUGAUUCAUGGUGGGUGGGGGCGAACAUUCCGGGCAAGAAGCGUAAGCUAUUAGUUUGGUUCGGAGGUAUUCAGUCGUGGUGGAAUAAAUGCCAAAACGCGCUACAAGGAUGGGAGAAUUCAGGAUUUGUACUUGGGAUGUCAAACGCGGUUCAUUACGAGGUCGCAUAUCAAGGGUUAGUAUAG